AUGUCAGUCCAAGCAUCCACGCGCCUCCGGGCCCUUUUGAAUGAUCCUUCCCAAAUUAUUGUUGGUCCUGGCGUCUACGAUGGCAUCACUGCGCGGCUUGCCCUGAACGCCGGCUUCAAAACUCUCUACAUGACUGGUGCAGGGACUAGCAUGUCUGCCCUUGGCACUGCUGAUCUCGGCCUUGCCACGAUGACCGAGAUGAGACAGAACGCUGAGAUGAUCGCAAGCAUCGACCGCUCCGUGCCCGUCAUAGCGGAUGCGGACACCGGGUACGGUAGCGCGCUCAGCGUUGCAAGGACAACCGCCUCAUAUAUAUCUGCCGGCAUUGCAGCACUCCAUCUCGAGGAUCAAGUCGUGAACAAGAAAUGCGGGCACCUUGCGGGCAAACAGCUGGUGUCAAAGGAGGAGUACCUGACUCGGAUACGCGCCGCCGUCGAAACAAGAAAACGACUGGGAUCCGACAUUGUCAUUAUCGCCCGCACGGAUGCUCUACAGUCGCUGGGCUUGGGGGAAUCUCUGAGCAGAUUGGAUGCGGCGAUUGAUGCGGGCGCCGAUGUCGCCUUUCUCGAAGCAAUCACCAAGCGCGAAGAGCUGGUCGCAGUUUGUUCCAGGUUUAAGGGAAGGGCACCAAUCAUGUACGGCAUGGUACAAGGGUCAAGUGCGUACAAGGUGACAAUAGAGGAAGCCAAGGCGAUAGGGGUCAACAUUAUUGUGUAUGCCGCCGUGUGUCUGAUGCCGACCUUUGUAGCCGUAUCUCAAGCCUUGAAAACGCUAAAGGAGACAGGCGACUGCGAGGAAUACGGCGGGCAGUGGACCCCUCACACGAUGUUCGAUGCUUGUGGGAUGAAGGAGUUGAUGGAUUUUGAUCGCUUAAUAGCUGAUGACAUACCGAAAUGA